AAUAGCAGAGAAGAGAUAGAUCGAAUUUAGAUUUAUAUGUUUACAGAGUGAUUUAAUCAUCAUGAUAUAUCUUGUUAAAUCUUAUCAAUUUUUUCACAACUACUUAUCACACAUUUACACGCAUACACUUGGCCACUUAGGUGUAAAAGAACAGCCAUAUAUACUGGCAGGCAAUGCAGGCUACAUCUCUCAACACCCAAAGCUUGUCUUUGUCGCGAACACAAGCUACCCCAACUCCGGCCAUGGCGCGCCAGCACUUCCUCGUCGUCGCGUACCCUGGCCAGGGCCACAUCAACCCGGCCCGAGCCCUCGCCGCGCGCCUCGCCCGCGCCACCGGCGCGCACGUCACCCUGUCCGUCGCCGUGUCGGCGCACCGGCGCAUGUUCCCGUCCCUCGCCGCCCCCGACGAGGAGGUCCACGACGCCGACGCCGGCGGCGGCGGGAUCUCCUACGUCCCGUACUCCGACGGCUACGACGAAGGGUUCCGGCUGUUCGCCAGCGACGGCGAGGCGGCGUGGCGGCACUCGGAGACGUUCGGGCGCGUCGGCCGCGAGGCGUUCGCCGGCGUGGUGGACCGCCUCGCCGCGCGCGGCCGCCCCGCGACGUGCGUCGUGUACGCGUUCCUGAUGUGGUGGGCGGCCGACGUCGCGCGCGAGCGCGGCAUCCCGCGGGUGCUCUACUGGAUCCAGCCGGCGACCAUGCUCGCCGUGUACUACCACUACCUCCACGGGCUCGAGGAGCUCGUGACGGAGCACGCCGGCGAGCCGGAGUUCACGGUGGACAUGCCGAGCCUCCCGCCGAUGGCGAUCCGCGACCUCCCCAGCUUCUUCACCGACCUCGCCGACACCAGGCUCGCCGCCGCGUUCCACGGCGUCCGGACGACGAUCGAGCAGCUGGACAUCGAUCGCCGGAGCAGCAGCAAGCCGCCGAUGGUGCUCGUCAACACCGUCGAGGAACUAGAGCUCGACGUCCUCGCCGCCUCCUUCCCUGACCUUGACAUCCUACCCAUCGGCCCGGCCGCCACCUCGCUCGACGGCGGCGGCGCAGCCGCCGCCGCCAGAGCGUCGCACGACCUGUACAGGCACGACGAGAAGGGCUACAUGGAGUGGCUCGACGCGAAGCCGGCGGGGUCGGUGGUGUACGUGUCGUUCGGGAGCAUGUCGGUGGUGAGCAGGCGGCAGAAGGAGGAGCUCCGGCGAGGCCUCGCCGCCACCGCGCGGCCGUACCUGUGGGUGGUGCGCAGCGACGACAGGGACGACGGCGACGGCGACGGCGACGGCGGCGGCAUGGUGGUGGAGUGGUGCGACCAGGUGCGCGUGCUGUCGCACGGCGCCGUCGGGUGCUUCGUGACGCACUGCGGGUGGAACUCGACGCUGGAGGCCGUGGCGUGCGGCGCGCCGAUGGUGGCGGUGCCGCAGUGGUCGGACCAGGACACGAACGCGCGGCUCGUCGCCGGGUGGGGCGUCGGCGUGCGCGCCGCCACCGGCGCCGACAGGGUGGUCGAGGCGGGCGAGCUCGCGAGGUGCGUGGAGACGGUCAUGGCGGACACGGAGGCGGCUGCCGCCGUGCGCCGGAGCUCGGUGGCGUGGAAGGCGAAGGUGCGGGAGGCCGUCGCCGAGGGCGGCUCGUCGGAUCGUAAUUUGAAGGCUUUCUUGGACCGAAUUGCAAAUGUUGCGUAGAUAAUCCAAUUCACCGUUCGUCAGGGAUGAUGAUGAUGUCUGGCUAAGUGUCAAAAUGGCUAAGGUUGGCGUGUCAUUUCAAGUGAAUUAAAAAAAGGUAAAAGUACGUGACGACGAUAUAUGGUUUUAAUUUUGUAAAAUGUUAGUAGCAUAUCCUAUUAAUAUCGUGAAUAAUAAUAAUAUUUUUUUAAAUUGAUUAAGUCACAAUGGCAUCGAUCAAAUUAACCUAAAAAAUUAAUCCUUUGACGUGAAAAUGGAAAUAAUUUACAACCUCCGCGUAACGUGCACACAGGAGGGUUGUCGUUGUGCAUGCGGGAAAAGUAUUUUUUUUACAUGUAGAUGCAAUCCAACAUAGUGUAUCUAUGUCACCUAUGUAAUUAAAUAAAUAUUUCAUAAAAUUUGACAAGGUAGAUAAAGAUGAUAUAAACCACUAUGCAAACAUGCACAUCGAGAAAAUAACAAGUUCUAUUUGUGCUAGAUAGGUACUGUUUACAGUCUAAUUUUAUUAUUUUUGUUUUUCUGAUUAUAUAUUGAUUUUAGGCUUGCUCGAUUGUGUAUAGACUUGUGCCAUUGUGAACAAUACUAUCAUUUUUUUCUUUCAUAUUUUUCCAUAUCUAUUCAAGUCACAUGUAAAUGAUUAGGUGGGAUUGCACCUAGGUGAAAAAAAAAAUCCAUAUCCUUAGUGACAGGUCUACACUCUGAAGUGAACACUCCAAGUCUCAAAGAGCAAGUUUAAUACUCCUAUGAGGGAAUCAAUGGGAUCCCGGGUUUGUCACUUUGUCUUUCACAUGAUCACAUCACCAUUGGCAAUUUGGCAUUGAGUGUUGCUUGCUAUACAGGCAACAGUGUUGUUCAUUAAUGUAGUAUUGGUUUGCAAUUGCAUGGACAAGUUUUGUAUUUCACAUGAUCACAUCACUAUUGGCAA